CCAGGUAAGAAGUCAAUAUCAGCUAAUAAAUGGCUCGUUGCUCUGCAACCCAACUUGGGGUUUUGGUACUUGUUUUGUCCACUUCGUAUGUCGUAGCCAGUCUAACCGUAGAUAUGCAACUGGAGCAACUGAGAAAUAAUUACGUGAAACUGGAGCAAGUUUUGGCUACAAAAGACAGUCGUUUAGAAUUUCUGGAACAAAAGGUUCAACAGCAUAAACAGGGAAAUUUAGAAGCUCAAAUUACCCAACUUGUGAAUGAAGUGAAUCAAAUGAAGACUCAGGUAAGGCGGACAGCCGAGCUGGAGCUCAAAGUCCAACGACAGGAAUACCUUAUAAAUGCAGUACAUGGCGAAAGUCGAAGCCAUAACAACGUCAGCCUUAGACAGGGAACAACACAAAUGCCCAAAUCCUGCGCAGAUCUAAAGAACAAUGGUCACACUUCAAACGGAAUGUUUUUAAUUAUGGGAGUGAAAAUGGUAGAAACUGUUUUCUGUGAUUUUUCGAAACCUACAAGCGAUCAGAAUUUCCAGAAAUGGAUCGGUUUUGCUGAUGUUAAAUCCUCACCAGUUUACUUCCAUGCCCAGAGAAUAGGGAACUAUGGGGCUGCCAAUACUGUCAUUCCAUUCAAUCAAUUAAGGUUGAAUGUGGGGGGUGCCUUGAACCCUGUUACUGGAGUCUUUCUUGCUCCAAAAGCGGGAAGAUAUUUCUUUGCUUACUCAGGCCUAAGUUGGGAUAGUAAUGCCAAAGUUCAGUUGCAAAUGAAAAGUGCAACUGUUGGUUGGUUCAAAAUUGGAGAAGCACAUUGCACACCAUUCAAUACUUUUGCACUGCAAUCAAUUCUAGACCUCAAACAAGGAGAUGAAAUCAGAAUAAUCCACAUUCAUGGAGUCAUCCAUGACAGAGACGGAAACAACUUUAGCAACUUUGUUGGCUUGCUCCUAGAAGAAGACAUUUUUGGAUGUUAAGAAGCUUUUAAAUGAUUUCUGAUUGAGGGAUGCUACUCAGUGGCACCAUGUGAUCAUUCAUUCUGUAAUAUGCAAACUUUUUCUUGGAAAAGUUUACAUCUAAGCAAUCAGUAUAUGUUGUUGGGUUUGUGAGACAUGGUAAUAUAAUGUGGGGAAUUAAAAAAUUUAAAAGCCA